AUGCAGCACGUCGCCGAGCGAUGCGAGCAGUGGCCAAGCCUGGAGCUCGUGGUGCUGGCCGUCCCCCGCCUGGACUGCGCCAGCGCGCUGGUGCAGCUUCUGGGCGCUGUGGGCAGGCACUGUGCUGGGUUCCAGCGGUUGUCAGCCGACAGGCUCCCAGAGCAAAUUGCCAUGGCCCUUGCGUCCUUCCUGGCCGCCUUGUCGACCGUCGGCUGCCUGACUCAGCUGACUUCGCUGGACCUCAAGCCACAUCAGGACGCAGGAGCGCUGCUGCUCUCCCCGCUGGGCCGCCUGGCAGCGCUCACAAGCCUCCGCUUCGCCGGCUGUGCCUAUGCCGCCAGCGGUCGCUGGCUGCCGCCCGGGCUUCGCAAGCUGCACCUGGCAGGCCGCAGUCGCACUUGGCCUGGGAUCGGCGGCGCGUCAUGGCUGGACUGCGUGGGCGCCUGCACAGGCCUGGAGUCGCUGCAGCUGCUGUGGCUGGAGGCGCGGGACCUGGGCAUCAAGCCUCAUUUGUACGACGGGCUGUCUGUGUUCUACGAUUCUCUGAAGCAGCUCACGCGCCUGACGGAGCUUACAGGCUGCGCCAGGGAGGCGAACGACAUGCCUGAUGAGAAUAACGGCGACGACAGCGAAGAUGAGGAGGCGGAGGCCAGGUUUUACGGCUUUGACAGCCGCAGGCUCCUUGCUGCGGCCCCCCACCUGCGGCGGCUGGCGUUUUACGUCUUUCACAAAGGCAGCUUCAUGCAGCUGCGCCCCGCGGUGCAGGGCUCGCUGGGCAGCCUGCGGUCCCAUGCUGCUGACCUGGAGGUGCUGGCUGUGCACGUGGUCAGCCCGGCGCCCUCCCCGCCGUCGUUCCCGCGGCUCCACACCCUGCACGCCAGCUUCUACAACCGCGACUCCUAUCCCGGCGAGCCGCUGCACGCGGUGUUCCCCGCGCUGCGCGUGCUCACGCUCGGCACCCCGUGGUGCAGGUAUGACGGCAUCGUGGCCUGGGAGGCCGUCGCGUCCCUGACCACGCUCGAGCGGCUGUGUGUCGUGGCGGGGCCCCCGGAGUGUGCGUUGAAGCUGGAAGGCUGGCUUAACACCCUGUUGGCGUGCGGCGCGUUGCAGCGCCUGCGACUUUGCAGCGUCAAAGGGGUUAGCUUUGCGGAGCUUCUGGAGCUCUCUCGCGCGCCGCAGCUGCGGAGGAUACAAGUGGAGGGCUGCACGUUUGACACAGAGCUCACGCCCCGCGCGCUUGAGGUGGCGUUGAAGGCGUGUGCGGGCCGCGAGCGCGCAUUCCAAGCCAUUGCGCGCGCAAACCACCCGCACCUGUCGCCCUGCCUGCUUGACGAUGACGCGUUCCACUGA